AUGGAAGAUACCAGAGAGAUUCUACAGGAGGAGGAUGGCUUCCAGCACAAUGAGAUGGAGGAUAAAGACAAGGGAGAAACAAAGUCUCCAAGGAGGAUCAUUUACUUUGCAAAUGGAGAAACCAUGGAAGAGUACAGUACAGAAGAAGAGGAGGAGGAGCAGCAGCAGCCACUUGACACAUCCAAACUCUCCUGGGGGCUCUAUCUGCGGCUGUGGGCAGUUCGAAUCGCAACAACUUCACUAUUUACUUGCGAAUUCCUCGGUGGGAAGCUUGCCACGCUCUUUGGACUCAAUGAACCUAAAUAUCAAUAUGCAAUAGAUGAAUACUACAGGGCACAGAAGGAAAGUGAAGAUGAUGAAGAUGGUGAAAAGAUCUCUGAGACAAAUGAGGCAGAAUCUCUGAAUGAAAAACACCACCUUGAGGUACAGAGUGUAGAAUACGGCUCUAUUAGACUCAAGGAUACUAUGGAGUUUUCUCAAAGAAGCACUUUUACAAACAUUAAUGAGGCUUCGAAACAUGACCUACAAAGUCCAAACUCUAUCUCAGCUGUUAAGAAAUGAUGGCAACAUUGUCAGUGUGGUCUCUUCUGAUACUGAAAUAACUCUAUAAUAGGACAUGAAUAUAUCAUUAGCAUGCUCUGGGCCUAACACAUCACAUUCCUUUGUCCAGAAGUGUUAUUCAAGUGUCCAA